GUCAUCGACAACAAAAGGUCACUCAGUGGUUCUAUCUGCGACAUUUCUGACCUUCAAUACCUCUACAUAGUCACACAUCAUGCCACAAACAGCACUACUCCUCGGCUCCGGCUUCGUUGCCACCCCCACGGUCGAGCUUCUGGCCAAUUCUGGCAUCCACGUCACCGUCGCAUGCCGCACCUUGUCAUCGGCCCAGAAACUUGCAGGAAACUUUCCCAAUACCACCGCCAUUAGCCUCGAUGUCAACAGCACCUCUGCUCUCGAGGAGGCAGUCUCCAAGCACGAUGUCACCAUCUCCCUGAUCCCCUACACAUUCCACGCAGCGGUGAUCAAGGCCGCCAUCAAGGCCAAGAAAAAUGUUGUCACCACUUCAUAUGUCUCUCCAGCCAUGGAGGAACUCGAUGCUGAGGUCAAGGCGGCUGGUAUCACGGUUGUUAAUGAGAUCGGACUUGACCCUGGUAUCGACCACCUGUACGCCGUGUCUGCAAUUGACCGCGUGCACAAGCAAGGAGGAAAGGUUCUCACAUUCAAGAGCUUCUGUGGCGGUCUGCCUGCACCUGAGAACUCGGAUAAUCCUUUAGGUUACAAGUUCAGCUGGAGCAGCCGAGGUGUUCUGUUGGCCCUGAAGAACAAUGCCAAGUACAUUGAGAACGGCAAGGAGGUCAACGUGAGCGGUCUUGAGCUCAUGGGCACGGCCAAACCCUAUCACACCGGCUUCCUGGGAUUCAACUUUGUCGCCUACGGCAACCGUGACAGCACAGGAUAUCUACAGCGUUACAACAUCCCCGAGGCGAAGACCGUGAUCCGAGGAACGCUCCGCUACAACGGUUUCCCCGAGUUCAUCAAGGUCCUCGUGGACAUCGGCUUCCUGGAUGAUCAGGAGAAGGAUUUCUUAAAAGAGCCAAUCUCAUGGAGAGAAGCAACCACCAAGAUCCUUGGUGCCACUUCAUCCAGUGAGACUGACUUGCUGUGGGCUGUUUCGUCAAAGACCACUUUCAAGGAUACCGACCAGAAGAAUCAAUUGGUGGCGGGUCUCAAGUGGAUCGGAAUCUUCUCAGAUGACAAAAUCACACCAAGAGGUAACCCCUUGGAUACUCUCUGCGCGACUCUCGAGGAGAAGAUGGCGUAUGAGGAAGGCGAGCGCGAUCUAGUGUUCCUUCAACAUUACUUCGAAGUUGAGAACAAGGACGGCAGCAAGGACGUGAUCACAUCGACCCUUUGCGAAUACGGCGCCCCAAUCGGAUCCGGUGGUUACUCGGCUAUGGCCAAGUUGGUUGGCAUUCCCUGCGGUGUUGCUGUCAAGCAAGUCCUGGACGGAACUAUUACUGAAAAGGGUAUCCUAGCACCAGUGACUCCUGAGUUCAACAAGUCGUUGAUGGUAGAACUCAAGGAGAAGCAUGGUAUUGAAUGUGUCGAGAAGGUGCUCAAAUAGAUGAUCGAUCCAGCGUGUCGAAAUGGUAUACCGACAACAUCUCUCCUCGACUCCUCGCCUUUGAAGAUGACCCCUGGAACUUGGUGAAUCGGCCCAUGAUAGGUCUCCGUCAUGUCAUACAUGAGCACCUUGGUGUCAUCACUUGGUGUCCUGCACAUAACUCUAGGGUAUUGUGGAUGAGAUGGUGCGUGGUGCAUAAGUGUGGACUCAUAUAGAUCGACAGGAAAGCGCAAAGCACGUGAAGAUAGAUGCCAUGAGAAGAAAUGAAAAAGCCUUUGCCUUUAUAUCAAUA